AUGGUGUGGUGGGUGGAUAAAUAUACUCCAAGUCCGGAUAUUUGUAGAUCUGGGAGUCUGUGCUUUUACCAGUAUCAAGAUCCAAACGAAGAAGAUAGAGUGUUUCCUUCAACAAAUAUUAUUUUUAAUUUUUAUAAACGAAGAUAUACCACGCAUGAUUUACAUACCCUUAUAAAGUCGGGUGUAAACAUAUUCAAUAUUGACCGGACAGAACACGAUGAAGAGUUUUUCAAAGAAACUGUUGCUACGAUAUUUAAAGCUAGGAGAAUGCCAGAGAUGUUCCCUUCAGAGUACGAAGUCCCUAUAACAAUAGCAGUUACACUCUCAAUCAAUCAACCUAUACCUAUUGAUGACGUUGUGGAUGUAAUAAUUAUUAAAAAUGUGAAUAAUUUGAACCAAUAUCUGAAGCUAAAACAAGAGCACGAGUGGUCUAAAAAAACGAUUCUGUUAUGGUUAAAUAAAUGGGAUAAUGAAGAAGUGGAACAAUUAAUCCAAUUUUCAGAUGGUGUCAUACUUGAUCAUCAGAGAAAUAAUCUAGUCAGCGAAGAGUAUUGUGACUGCGCUUUAAAAUUUUGUAAAAAAUAUUUCAAGCCAGUGUUCUACAUCAAGCCAAAUAUUAUAGAAGAUUAUUACAAUUUGGUCGACAGAGAUAUAAGGAUAAUUAGUACUAUUCAUGAUUUAGUCAGGAACCAGGUUGAUGGUAUUGUUGUAACGGACAAUGAAAACGUUCAAUUACCGCCUCGUGAUAUUAUUAGAUCUAUCGUUAGAGCUAUUAGUUUUGCUGAAAAGAAUAUGAAUUAUGAAGAUGAUUAUUUAAAACUAUCAUUUUUGACAAAGAUACCAGCACUGCCAUCCAUAACCAUAGCUUUAGCUGCAUGCCUUGCCGCUCUCAAGUGCGAAGCGAAAGCGAUAAUCGUCCUUACAAAAUCAGGGAUAUCGGCUAGAUGGUGUGCGUACGCGUCGCCUCCCUGCCCAAUUAUAGCUAUUACAACAGAAGAAGCAACAACGAGACGACUACACUUGUAUCGGAAAGUUAUACCAUUGUUUUAUAAUGCGCCUCGCGCAAGCUGGCAAGUGGAGUGGCGAAAUCGCGUACGUUUUGGCACAACUUUCUCUCUGAAGACUGGUUUGUUUAACCCUGGAGCCAAAUUCGUGGUGAUAUCCGCGUCAGAAGAAAGCUAUUGUAAUGGUUUUCAAGUUCUUACUGCACCGUUUGAAUGUGAUUCUGAAAAAAAGAGAGAAAUUUAA